AUGCUGUUGACAACGCUUGCUCUGGCCGUCUCCGUACUCCCAGCUUUCGUCGUUGGCAGCUGUUACGAGCCUACCCCAGCGUUUCCACCUCCAGCAUGGAACAAAGGAGCUUCUGACCUUCAAUCAAUAUUCAAGCGGAUUGAGCAAAAGCUCCACAAUGUCGUUCAGAAAAACAAGUACAACACCUCAUCAUAUUCAAUCGAGGUCACCUCCUCCAGCUCGGACACUCUUUGGGGGACCUAUCAUACUGCCAGUAUCUUGAACAAGACUCGUCCUGGAGACAUACAUGUUUCAGGCCACUCCCAGUACCGCAUCGCAUCCAUCACGAAGACAUUCACGACUCUAGCAUUGCUCUACUUGGCUGCAGACAAGAAGCUCUCGCUGGACGAUCCUGUGGUCAAGUACAUUCCAGAGCUCAACUCUUCCGAGUACGCUUUGCCAUGGAAGGACAUUUCUCUAAGAAUCCUCGCAAGCCAGCUAUCUGGCAUCCCUCGUGAGUUCGCGCAAGGUGACCUCUACAACUUAAAGCACGAUCCAACGUCCCUUGGCCUUCCACCAGUCUCCGGAUUCGAUUUGCCACCUUGCGAUGAGUACAAUGAAUACAAGCCGUGUACUGGAUCUGAUCUCCUCGAUCGGCUCAAGAAAGCUCAGCMACUGUUUGCUCCAAAUCAAAAGUCCACCUACAGUAAUGUCAACUACGAAUUACUCGGUCUGGUUAUUGCCAAUGUCGUGGGCGUGCCUUACGAGCAACACAUCAUCGACACAAUCGUGAAGCCGCUAGGCAUGGACUCGACGAGCUUCGACACUCCUUCCGACGAGUUCGCUGUACUGCCAGUAGUGGAAGGGGAUCGCGGUAACUAUUGGGGCGUUGAAGAAGGCGUACAGAAUCCGACCGGUGGUCUCUAUUCAACGUCGACCGACCUUAGCAAGUUUAUCCGAUAUAUAUUGACUAACCACAACUCCCUCGUAACUGGGAUCAAUUGGCUGCUUCCUGCUAGCUGGGGUACUGGCAUGGAGUCUUUCUAUGGGAUGCCAUUCGAGAUAUUCCGGACCGACAAGAUCUUGAAAGAUAGUCGUAGACCUGUGACAUUUACCACGAAAUCUGGUGGCCUUCCCGGCUACUUCACGAAGAUAGUGGUUGUAGAAGAAUAUGGACUUGGCUUCACCAUUCUAGUAGGAGGGAACAUGGCAAUGCUGGACGAACUCACCGAGAUUGUGUCUGUUGAGCUGGUUCGUGGAGCGGAAGAAGCAAUCUGGAWACAGAUUUCGAAUACCCAUGAGGGAAGCUAUUCCGCCACGAUCCCUUACCUCAACUCGACCAUCGAAAUGAAAGUUUCGCCUGCUAAGGGCCUGCAUAUCACGCAGUUCAUCUCGAACGGAACGAGCGUCAUUCCAGGGUUCCUCGCCAGCACAAACGACGAUCCAGAUUUGUACGCUCAACUUUCACCGACGUUGUUGUUUAAGAACGAAACGUCUCGGGAAGGAGAAAUAUGGCGAGUGCUGGCUGUGCGAGAGAGGGAAACCCACAACUCGCACAACUCGGGGGUUUGGGAUGAAUUUUGUCCAACCGAUCUCGAUCAACUUUCCUAUGCCGGACUUCCCCUCAACGAGGUCGUGUUCUGGCACGACCAAGGACUUGUUGAGCUGCCAGCGUGGAGAGUCACGAUGAAGCACACUGAAGCUAAGGACACAGGCAGACUGGUGAUACAGGGUUGA